AUGCUUCAAAGAGACGAAAGGAAGACAAUUUCUGAUGCCAUCCACAUUAUUCUCUCCGCAUUGGUUGUCGGAUUCUACGUGAUUAUGGCUGUAUUGAAUCACGCUUCGGUUCUGCAUGGCAUCUUCCUUGUCAUCGCCGUAACCGAAACUAUUGUUUCCUUUCUCUAUGUCUUCAAAAUAACCUGGUUGAUGCACAUCCAUCUUUUUUGCCAAUCUGUUCUUCUCAUCAUUCCUGUUUUUUUGCUAUAUGCAGAUUUAUAUUUCUACCACAGUGUCACACAUUCGACCGCCUUCCUCAAAUCAUACAAGAUGGAUGCGUUUCUGAACUUCGUCUCGGAACCGUAUUCUCUGAUCUUAUCGAUUGGUCUCGUAACUGUUUGGCUUUGGCGAUUAUUUCUGACUAGAAUGGUCAUCGUCCAACAGGCUGCCAAGAAGAUCAUAGCGGCUUCGAAAGAAUCAUCACUGAAGAGCAAGAUGAUAAAAGGACAGCACAAUUUUCUUUCCGAUAUUUUAAAUACCACUAGCGUUAUCAUGUUCCUUGUCAUGGCUUACAGCACGUCCUCAAGCAAUGCGUAUACGCUUGUCAGAUUUGCGAUGUUCGAAGUAGUUUUUGCAGUGUUUCGAUGUCCUCUUCUCAUCGAGGUCCAAUUUAUGUAUCAGUCAGUCGCUUUUUCGUUUCCGUGCUUCCUUGCAGCUGUCUACGACAUAAAUAAGCUAGCCGGAUGCGACACGAAGGCCUUCUUGGAUUCGUACGAUCUCGUCAACGUCAUUAAGUAUUUUCAAGAAGAUCAUACUUUCCAAAUUCACUUCUUGUUGAUGUUCUGGUUCGUUCGUCUGGUCGACACCUACUACACUGUCAUCGGAUUGUCUACGUUCAGAAGAGUUGUCUACAAGCUCUCGAGAGGAAUCGUCAAUGAGAGACUGACAAGUCUUAUCAAAGAGUUAGAGACUAAAGAUUAA